AGCCAGACUUCUUACAGUUCCAGGAGCUGCCACUGCUGCUAUUUACCAGCCUACAGUAAAUGCUGGGGAAGUUUGUGUUGAGCAUUCUGGUGCUGUCUCUGCAUGAAUCCUGGUCACAGUACAACAAGUGCAGUCCUUUUGAGUAUGAGGGGCCAUGGGAUUGCUGCGAAAAGUGUUUACCUGGAUAUCAUGUGUAUGAGCACUGCACAAAGCUUGCCAGCACCACAUGUGCUCCAUGUCCUACAACUACCUACACAGAUGAAUACAAUGGGUGGAGGUCCUGCAAGAGAUGCACCCUUUGUGAUUCAACUGCAGGUGUGAGGGUGAAGGAAGUGUGCACCCCUUUCUCAGACACACUCUGUGAGCCUCUGGAAGGACACUACUGUACUGACCCAAUCAAAGAUGGCUGCCAAAGAGCUGUGAAACACACAAAGUGCAAACCAGGACAAUACAUUCAAAAGAAAGGUACGGCAUCCUCAGAUACUGUGUGCAGUGACUGUGGCAGUAACACAUACUCAGACGGGUCAUUCACAUCUUGCAGACCACAUACACAGUGUGAGUAUGGUGAGAUGAAGCCAGGGACCUCAUCAUCAGAUGCGGAAUGCCAAGCAUUGUCCGUAGUUGUGCCCAUAGUCAUAGCCUUAACUGCCGUGUGUGCCUUAUCCAUCCUUGUUACUAUCGAGAUCCGGAGGAUCUGGCAGAUAACAAGAGGCUACUACUACACCUGA